AUGGACUCGAGUUCUGUUGCACCGCCGUAUGACGACGGUUCAUCCACCGAGAGCGAGUGCUACGACGAGGAGCUACUCGAGCUGGCGAGAGAGACUCAAAAUGAUGAGAAUGACCACAACGUAGUGCCCAAUUUGACGGUUAACGUGAAACUCGAGGCUGUCGAAAGUGUCGACUGUACCAAUUCCAGUCACACCACAACCAAGCUGGAAGACGCCCCAGUCAAGUUGGAAAAUGCCACAGUCAAGCUCGAAGGUGCCGCCAUCAAGGUGGAAGAUGCCACUGCACCUUUGGAGACCGAAGCAAAGCCGGCCGACGGCAAGUGCAGACGGUGCCGCAGAAAGCUGCCGACUGUCAGCGAGCUGGAGCAGGCGGACGUGCAGCGCGGCACGCUCAAAACGAAACGCUGCGCCUGCUGCGAGGAGUACCUCCCUCUUAAGAAGUUUGGCAAGAACAAUCAGUCCCCCACGCGUGCGAUCCCUAGAUGCAAGUCGUGCGCUCAAGCCACCCCGAGGGUGUGGAAGCAGCUCAUGAAGAGUCCGGAGUACGCCGAGGCCUUUGCUGCCGAGUUGGAGAAGAGGAAGGAGGAGAACAAGAAGAAGCGCGCCGACCUGCCGCACUGGGAGCGCAAGACCACGAAACACAGCGCCGUUCUUCUUGCCAGUGGCCACGCAACUUCUAUUCGCCGGGGCUCCGACAACACACUGGGCACGACUCUGGCCAGCAACGCCGACGAGGAGGAAAGGAAGUGGCAUAUCGCCGCCGUCGCCGAGCCCAAGCUCACGACAAAGGAGAAAAUCCUCAAGGUGCUGUCCAAGAUCAUCCCUGACGUCAACAAGUUUAAUGGUCGACGUGUCUACGUGGGGAAUGGCAAAACUCGAUACGAGUCGUAUUGGAAAAACUGGCACUAG